AUGACGAAUUCAGGCCCAGUCGGCCCGCCAGGUCCUGCUGGAAAGGCCGGCGUCCCUGGACAGCCAGGCGUUGAUGGACAUCCUGGAAGAGACGGCCAUCCUGGUAUUCAAGGACCUCAUGGUGAUUUAGGCCCUAUUGGGGAGAGAGGAAAGGAAGGUGAGCCGGGACAGCCCGGCAGAGACGGAUUUACUUCAAAGGGAGAGCCAGGCCCGAAAGGAGAAAUUGGGAAAGCUGGUCUGCCCGGAAGACCAGGAGAAAAAGGGCAAAAUGGUCUUCCUGGUUUGGCAGGACCACCCGGGCCUGCUGGCAAUGCUGGGUUACCUGGAACACCUGGAGUGCCCGGAUUGCCUGGAGAGAGAGGGGCAAAUGGAAUACAUGGAGAAGAUGCAAAGUAUUGUUCUUGUCCGACAACCGGAUAAA